AUGGCUAAUGAGGCACCUCCUACCGGCGAACCGGGCUUCAAUCUCCAAGCGGAUCAGGGUGACAGGAUACGAGCAUCGAACAUCGCCUUCAUAAUAAUACCUACAGUCUUUGUCGUUCUACGUCUCGUCUCCAGGAAGAUCUCGAGGGCGGGAUAUUGGUGGGACGACCUUCUCAUUGUUCUUGCUUUGCUUCUUUCAUACGUCCUGCCUAUACUCAAUCUGAUAUCGAUUCCUCGAGGAUUCGGUAGGCACAUAUGGAUACUGCCCCUCGAUGCGACAUCGAUGUUCCUCCAAACCCUUUGGGUCUUUGAACUUUUCUUCGGGCUCACCAUUUGUUUUAACAAGCUCUCCAUUCUUGCGUUCUAUCGCAGGAUCUUUCCUAUUGCCCAGCUCCGGAUCGUUCUGCUCAUCAUGACUGCCGUCGUGCUGUGUUUUACAGUCACGUUCGUAAUGAUUGUCAUAUUCCAAUGUGUGCCCAUACAUGCCUUUUGGGAUGUAGAAGACAGAGUACAUGCUCGUUGCGUGAAUGUAAACUUGCUCUUCUUGGUCGCUGGUGGAGUCAAUUGCGCAUUGGACGCGCUGAUUGUCUUUAUGGUACAACCUUAG